UUGAUUCCUGCAAUCCUUUCUCUGCCACUCUCAACGUGCUUCACAUGGUGUCAAUGCUGUGUGGGUAGGUCGCCUAGUCUUCUCGAGGUAGGUCUGCAAUCUCAACUAUAAGACUCUGUCUGUCGUUCUGCCUGUCCAGCCUUUCUCUCUACAUCGAAUAUCAAAUUUGCAUACAUACAAAGCUUCUGCCAAAUAUCAUCAAUCGUCCACUUAGUCGCCAGCGCCAACCCAUAUAUCGACACAUCUCACUGCACAACUUCAACAUGACCACCACGAAUUGGAGCUACGGCUUUCUCAUCACUUUCUGGGUACUGCAAAUUCUCGUCUGUAUCGUUGGCUGGUUCUUCGGCGCCGUCGCACUCAACGUCAAAUCGUUGUUCACUGACCACCACAAUGUCGAAGGCGCGGGUAGAGCCCUCGAAACCAGUGGUGCCAUCUGGAUAUCAUUCUCCAGUGUCAGCUUCAUCCUAAUCGUCGCCGAAAUCGUCAUGUUAGCUAAGCAUGAUCUACGCCCUGCAUUUGCCGUCGCAUCUGGUGCCAUCAAGACUACCUUAUGGUUGGUCGUAUUCAUCAUCGCGCUUUCCAACAUAGCGUUGGGCUCCUUCAGUGUUAUCACACUCAUCGUUUACGCAAUAUUUCUGGUUAUGUUCGCUAUUCCUUUGGUCUACACUUCUUACAUGCUCCGACGCCAUCGCAAAAUACUUUACACUCCUGUUGUCACGCAGUCUGUUUGA